CACCUGUUCACACCUUCAACCCAUCUAAAUCCUUCCGCCUCACCGAUGGAUCUAUAUUCCGUCUCUGUCUCCUGGCGGAUUGAUCUUCUAUCCACCUGGGCGACGAACUGUAAAAACAACCGAAGAUCCCAACAGCUUUUCCACAAUGUUGCUCCAACAAAGGAUAUAACCUUUGUAGUUACAGGUUUUGACGAAUGUAAUGGAAAGCGAAAAACAAACUUCUGAGAGAGAGACACCGCCUCAGUUCUGGAGAAGCUGCAAGUUGAUUAUUGACCCUGCAUCGACGAAUGGACUGUACAAAGUGUAUCGUUACGAUGGACAGCAAUUUAACAUACCCGUGGAGGAUUUAGGUCUGUUUCCUGUAGAGACAGUCAGAGAUCCCCGUGUCUGCCGCCUGUGGAGCAAAUGCAACAAGACUGACCUUUUGAUUUCUAAAUUUAAGGUUGAUGAAUGGUAUGUUGGCCCCGUUCCUCCCAACGAAGUGACAUUUUCCAGGCUGAAUGACAAUGUGAGGGAGGCGUUCUUGACUAAUAUGUGCAAUAAAUAUGGGGACAUCGAAGAAGUGGAAAUAUUUUACAAUCCUAAGAACAAGAAGCAUUUGGGGAUUGCAAAGGUCGUUUUCGACACAGUGAGGGCUGCAAAAGAAGCUGUCCAGCACCUCCAUCAGACCUCAGUGAUGGGAAAUGUUAUUCAUGUGGAAAUUGAUCCUAAAGGUGAAAACAGGACGCGAUAUCUCCAGCUCCUCUUACGGGGCCUUUAUACUCCUUGGACGCUGCCAGUGGGCAGCAAUGAGCAAGCUAUUCAAAGCUUAGUCGAGGGUUUGCUGAGCAGCGCAGCCACACAGACACAUCUGAGCAUCUCCAGUCCCACCAGCAUCGCCACCCCCCUCUCUCUGGACACAGCCUACUCCAGUAUUUGGCAGGAUACACCUUGCAGCUUCAGGCUAACACCACAUUCCCAGUGCCUGUCUGCCACUCCUCUGUCCCAGGACUCCUGCUACUCCAGUCUUCAGGCGACUCCAGUCCCCCAGGGGGAGCCCUCCACCUUUAGUGAUCACACACUUUUAAGACGAGAGCUCUGGCGUCGUAAGACUGAGAGGUAUUGCAGAGGAUCUGGCGAAGUCUCAGAUGUGAACUUCAUUUUGAGGCAAUGCCAACCCCAGCUAGCAGAAUCUUAUUCUACCACAAAAGAAUCUAGCAGCCAAGAGUUAGCACUGUGGGGGCACAAUGCACAAUCCUCCAAUCACAGUAAUGCUUCCUUUAACUUUAAGUCUCCCAGUCAGGAGUCCAGAGCUGUGGUCACUGCUACCUCUAAGGAUUUUGAUAGAAGCUCCAACUCUUUAAGUAUCCUGAGCAUUAAUUUCACAUCUGAAUAUCAGACAGCAGCUUCCUUUCCAUCUGAUGACCAUGCACACAUUACAGAACUACCCCAAAGUGCUGGUAACUCUUCUUCAAGCCCCAGGCCUGAGGUGGAGAGUUUGGACUCUCGUAUUGAGAGUUUGCUGAUAAACAGCCAGAGUACUGACCCGUCCUACUUCUAUAGAAACUCUUUGGAGGCUGAUGUUCACUCUCAGGACAGCCCAACCUCACCUUGCUCCCCUAACGCCUCCCCUUUCUCAGAUGACUCACCUGUUCGCACUCCAACUUCAUGUGACUUCACAACGAUAGAUCAGCGCUCCUUCAAUGACCUCAUUGAAGAUGAGCCAGAUGAAACCACUCAAGCUGUUUUGUUUCUAACAAGAGACUCUCAGCCUCCGUCUGAUUUCACACGUUUUGAAAGGAGGGCUCACAUAAACCACGAAAAACAGGCAGAAAGGUUGCAGUUAUUCUCACGUUCAAAGGAGCGUCAUUCGAAUAAGGAUUACUCGAAUAAGGAUUACUCAAAUAAAAGAGCGUUCAGAGCUUCAACACCAGCCAGACAGAUCCCUCUCCCUCAGCCUCCAUCCUUUUCUCUCAAUAGCAACACUCAACCCCCCUCAUCCAAAGCUCCUCCUGCUUUUAAAUCAGGGUGCCCCCAUCCACCAGCCACCCGUUUCGCUUUCCCCCUUCCUCCCUUUCCCCCGUCUAUCUCAUCUAUCCCACCUCGCCUGCCUAAUGGCACCAUCCCCAUCCCACCUCCGGGUUGGAUCCCACCUCGGGGCCAUCACCCCGGCAUCUAUAUUCCUCCUCCCGGUUUUCCACCUCCAUCUUCUAUUCCUCCACCACCAACCUUCCUUGGACCCCCACCUCCUGUGCACAGGUACCCCUUACCUGUUCAUCCUCCAGGCACUUUAGAUAAGGGGAAUCCUCCAACCGCUCCUUUGCAUUUCCCUCGACCUCCAUGGCCUCUUCCACCUUUCCCCAGGUUUAACCCCUUUGUGCCACCACCAGACUUCCUGCUUGUGCGGGAAAACCCUCAUAAGGCCACGGUGGAAAAGGUUUUAGAAGUCAUCAUGGAUGAACUGAAGUCGAUUAUUAGGAAGGAUAUUACACGCCGAAUGAUUGAAGGGGUCGCUUUCAAGGCAUUUGAGGACUGGUGGGUAUGUCAAGAGAAGAAAGUAAAGAUACACGUUUCUCCUUUGAAAAGUGCAACAACAAGUAUUGAAGAAAGGAGCAAACUUAUAAAUCCCCUCUGUCACAUCAGUGGCCAGGGCAAAAAACCUCGACUGCCUUCAUUCAAGGUAAAAAGGAAAAGAGCAGGUGAUACUGUUACAUCAGAAGAGAUAGAAAAUGUGUUGUGUUCUACUCAUGAAAGCUCUGAUGUGAAACAGGGGGAGGACAAAGGGAGUUUGGCAUCUGAGAGAGCCAAACGCAGACAUGCAAGACCACAUGAGCUUGAAAGUGACGAUGAUGAUGAAGAAGGGAAAGACGAAGAUAACACACUUCAAGAUGAGGAAACAACAUCUGAUAAAUUGGAGGCGGUUGUGCCAGUUCAUGAUGAUCCUCAAAUCCUGUGUGACAGAGAUGAUGAUGAUGAUGAUGAUGAUGAUGAUGAUGAUGACAGCAAUCAUCCUGAGGAAGAGAAGGAGUCCACACAGAAACACACAGAAGAUGAAGAUGCAGUCAUCUUCCAAGCUAGUGAAGCAGUGGCGAGCUUGGAUAGCGAGACUUUCUCAGAGAGCAGCACUUCAGAGGACAAUGAGUUCUCGUCAGACUUCGACUCCUCAGACUCGUUCUCCUCUGAGAGCUUCGAGGACUCGUCCUACUCUGAACUCAGUCCUGAAGAUGAAGACAUGGAGGAGGAGGGCGACAGAAGAGUUGAGUGUAUCUUCAUAUCGUCAGAUGAAGAGUCGAUGGAGCUUGAGCCCCCCGCCACCCCCUCGGCCCCGCUGACCCCUGGUGCCAAGCUGGAGCUGGAGCUGCAGGAAUGGCCAGAUCCAUAUCACUGGGAGAAAAGAGAGGAGAACCAGUUCCCGUGCUGUCUGGAGGACAUGAUGGAGCUCCAAACCAGCGAACCCCCGGACCAUCUACAGCCCCUCUCACCUUUAGGACUCCCAGCAGUGGGCCAACAUCUUGACGUAGAGAUGGAGAGCCCUCAGUGGAUGUCAACGGGGAACAGAGAAAACCUGAGGCCUCUGACUCCCACUGGCUGCCUGGUGGACAGCGACCCUGACCUUCUGAUGAGGAGCAAACCCACAUCCCCCGCUGUGGAGGAAGAACGACCCCAAACACCAGGCAAGGGCAUAGUGGCCGAACUGGAAAGUGAGGAAUCUACCAAUGAAGUGCUUUCUCCAACAGCCACCGAGGUCGUUUUUUCUCCACUUGCUUUGUACCCUUUAUACCAGGAUAUGCCCAAAACGCCUGGUCGCGAGGAUAGACGAUCAUGGACUCAGUACAGCUCUGUGAGAGCUCCAGCUACACCAGGCAGAGAGACCACCUCGUCAGAAGGUAACACAGUGAUGUGCCCCCAUCUUAGCAGCCCCCUUUCUAGCAAUCCGUAUAUCACAGCCCCAAAGACUCCUGGGAGGGACAUCAUCCUACCCCGGAGAUCCAUAGUCCACAAGAGAAAAAUGGUGACAAACUUACAGCCAAUGUUUUACGAUUCUCUCGGAGGCUCCCCCAUCUCAGUGUCCUCACCAUGCAGCUCCUCUGAGUCUUCUUCUGACUCCGCUCAAGGGAAAAGCAUGUGGGUCAGUUCAGGUGUGAGAAUGAGGCCUUUGCAGGGCCUGGAGAAUAUGCCUGGGCUCCGGGAUGAGGAGAAUAGUAGAGAGACGGACAAAUCCUUAUUAAGGAGAAAGGAGUGGAGGAAGCGAAAGAGGAGGUGGAGAAUUCUUCAUCGGAGAAGACUUCUUAAAAGAAACACUGGUUCUCUCCCCUCUAACAUCGCUUCUGACAGGUGGCGCUCUCUCUCUGAGGAGAGGAGGAUACUUCAUAGUGUUUGGAAGGAGGGUCUGGAUGAAGAAGACGCCAGGCUGCUGCAGCGGACAUACGACAGGCUGCAGGCACGGGAUAAUGGCUUCGGGUGGAUCAGUGACACUCUGUGGAUACCUCACACUUUGACUAAAGUCAUCACAGAGCAGAGUGAGGAGCACAGAUCCUGGUGGCCCAAUCACAGGACCGGCUCUGCUCGCUCUGAAGGAUUCUACAAAAUCAGCAAGAAAGACAAAAUGAAAUACCUCAACCACACAAAGCUGAAUCCUGAGCUUCCAUCUACAAGCACUCAGGGAACGAGCAUCCCUGCCCAGCAACAGACCUCACUGCGAGCCGGAUCUGACUUCAGGUCUGAACAGCGUCGCCUGCUCUCCUCUUUCAGCUGUGAUAGUGACCUAGUCAAGUUCAACCAGCUGAAGUUCCGAAGGAAGAGGAUUCGUUUCAGCCGGAGUCAUAUUCAUGAUUGGGGCCUGUUUGCAAUGGAGCCGAUCACAGCAGAUGAGAUGGUGAUCGAGUAUGUGGGCCAGAUCAUCAGACAGAUCAUCGCUGACAUGAGGGAGCAGAGGUACGAGGAGGAGGGCAUUGGCAGCAGCUACUUGUUCCGGGUUGAUCAGGAGACCAUCAUUGAUGCCACUAAAUAUGGGAACUUAUCCAGGUUUAUCAACCACAGCUGCAAUCCUAACUGUUAUGCAAAGAUCAUCUCUGUGGAGUCCAGGAAGAAGAUAGUGAUUUACUCCCGGCAGCCAAUAGGUGUCAAUGAAGAGAUCACGUACGACUACAAGUUUCCCAUCGAGGACACAAAGAUCCCUUGCUUGUGUGGAGCAGAUGGUUGCCGGGGCACCUUGAACUAAUCUCUAAUGAAGUGUUCAGAUUUAUGUCAAGAGCCAAAGUUGCCUGAGGUACUGUACAAUCCACACACAGACCCUGAAGAUUAUUUUCAUGCUGAUUUAUUCUACCAAUGACUGCCUUAACGCCAAACAGGAACUUAUGAAUGCUCUGCAGACAUGUGGAGGUACUGCUCAGUAAAUAAUGAUUUAUUUAAA